UAUAUUUCUCUCCCCCGCUUAUAAAAAAUUGAUAUUUUAUUGAUUCCGGUGUUCAUUAGCAAAUAGUUACGGUUGAAAAAUAUCCAUCAACAAAGAUGAAUUUUAGCGAUGUCUUCAAACUAAAAUCAAGAUUGAAAGAUGUCCGGCAGCAAAAUUACCCUUCACAUUGGGACCUUCCCGCCAGGCUGUGAGCUCACUGUGUCUCGUCUGUCUGUCAUGAGCUGAAAUUGUUGUUGAUAACUUUUAACACGUGCUGUUUUCUUUCUAAAAUUUACUCAAUGUCAAUUGAUUUGACUAUCCUUUUUUGCGUGCAGCUCAUGAAAAAUAAGCACCACAUGGACCUGAGUGCCCGACAUUUGAAAAUCCGUGGCUCAAGUGCCUCACCAGAUAACCACGUAGAUAUACUUGAGCCGAGACUUUCCGAGAGGAAGACUCUUGAUUUUUAUUCUCCUUCUCUUUUUCCUGGAAAAAAAAAGAAAAAUAAAAUGUAACAAGACUAUCCUGCGCCGGACCCGCCCCCCACGGCACACCGUUUCCGAGUGUCACCCGCACGGCCGCACCCCGCGUCCUCUCCUCCCCCUCCCCUCCACCGAAUAAAUCCCAGCCAUUACGGCGCCAUUGCCGAGCCCAACCACUCUCCUCGCCCCCAGCGGAGCAGAGCAGAGAGGAGCGAACGGGAAAGCCAAGAAAAUCCAAGCUGCACAGCGCGGUACAACGCUGGUAGCCUGCUCGUGGUAUACAAAGCCGAGCACGCCAAAAUCCAAACCCAACCAACCAACCAACCAACCGCGCCGCUCCUGUCUUCCGGUGUGCGCAGUGCCGGGCACCUCGCGAUCUGCCUGCUUGCUCCUCCUCGGCGCGCGGCGGCGGUCGGCCGGCGUGAUGAGCGCGGGGAGAUGAGGUGCAAGCUCCACCCCUACGCCAACGCCGUGGGCGUCUGCGCGCCCUGCCUCCGGGACCGCCUCCUCGCGCUCGCCGCCGAGCGCGCGCAGGCCGCCGAGGCCAGCAGCGGCUGCGGGAGCAGCAGCUGCGGCAGCUCGCCCCCGCCCCUGCCCGCGCGGCGGCGCCGCCAGGGCGGACACGCCGCGGAAGGCGUGUUCCCGCGCUCCGUCUCGCCGUACGCCGCGCGCCGGCGCUCCGACGCCUGCGCGUACGCGACCUCCUCCUCGUCGUUGUCGCAGCAGCUGCAGCCCAACCUGCUCUUCUUCCGAACGCCGCAGGUCGGCCCCGCCGCGGCCGCCUUCCGCGCCGACGAGCCCGCGGAGGAGGGCGGCGGCAGGAAGAAGGCCGCGCAGAGGCGGUCCUUCUUGUCAGCGAUCUUCGGCGGCGGCAGACGGCACCACGGCCGGGAAGAGCCGGCCAAGAAGGAGCCUCCCCGGCGGUCCACCUCGUGGCUCUCCGCGAUCAUCCGCCGAAAGCGGAGGCCGGUCGACCUGUCCGCCGCGGCGUCCUUCCCCGCGCCGCCCGCGCAGGUGGACGAGGAGCCCGAGUCCCCCAGCGGCAGCAGCAGCAGCUGGUGGUUCCCCUCGCCGUCGCCGGCCAGGCAGCCGCACCGCCGGCGGCACGGCGGCGGCGCGGGCGCCAGCGGGGACGGGAUCUCGGGGUUCGCGGUGUGCCUGAGCCCGCUGGUCCGGCCCAGCUCCACCGGCGGCCGGCGCCGGUGCCAGCCGCCGGACCCGUCCGCCCUGGGGGACAGCCACCGGCGCCACGCGUCCGCCGGGGGCGCCGCGUCGUUCGGGCGCAACGCCUCCCGGAAGCUCGCCGACAUGGGCAGGUUCCGAUGACGCGCGCGGCUGCCUCCUCGCCGGCCGGUCAAAUUCCUUUUUUUUCUUUGUGCUUUCUUGAUCUCUUCUCCCCGGCUACAAAUUUAAACCUCGACAUUUUGUUAAUCUCGAAGAUGAUGUGAUGAUGUAUGCUAUUGCUAGCGCUAGCUGCUAGGCGGCAUGAGAGCGAAACCAAAUUGGGAAAAAAAAGAAAAUUUCAAAUGGUAACUUGGAAGGAUUUGGUUUGGAUUGUA